CAUCUCUCUCUCUCUCUCUGGGUCUCUCUCUCCAUUUCCACAUUGCUUGUUCUCACAUCCCUUUACGCUUUUCUCUCUCUCUCUCUCUCUCUCUGAAUCCAAGUUUUGAUGAAAUCUGUACAUAUGUGUAUGUAUAAGUGUAAUCCUUGAAAAAUUCUAUGAUUGGAUCCUGGGUCUUUUUCUUUACUGAUCACGGCUAAGGUCUGAUAAACGAUUCAUCUUGUAUCCCUUUCCUGAAAUCAUUCACUUCACAUUGGUUCUUCGUCUUGUUCUUAUUGUUUAUUUUAUUUUUUCCUUUUCGAUUGUCCCAUUUGGUUUUCUUUUGAUUUCAACUAGAUCUGCAUCUGGGUCUACCAGUAGGAGAUAUAUAGAUUCUUUUUACGGUUUUUUAGCUAUUACUCGAUUUGAGUUUACCAAUCAGGUGUUUGAAUUGAAGAUUUUGGUUGAUAGCGAAUUCAUCGUAAUUCCAUCGAAGUUUCUGGCUUUAGUUGUUAUCGCGUCUUCUUCUUUUGAUUUUCAGAUUGAAUUUGAUUUACGGUUUCUAUCGGCGUUUUUCUAUUAUUUUUUGUUUCUCAAAUGACGAGGGAUUGAUAUUUCUUAAGCAAACAAGCGUUCUUCGUUGAGAUAAUCGUUUGUGUGUUACGGAGAUGAGCAACAUGACAAGUGAAAGCGAGGACAGAAUAAUGUCCAGGGAUUGCAUAAAUUCGCCAACAGUUGAUGAAGCCAGCACUGAAAGAAACAUGAUAGGAAAUGGCACACUUAAGAAAGGUCCUUGGACAUCUGCUGAAGAUGCAAUUUUGGUGGAUUAUGUGAACAAGCAUGGAGAGGGGAACUGGAAUGCCGUUCAGAAGCACUCUGGCCUUUCUCGUUGUGGUAAAAGUUGUCGCUUACGUUGGGCAAAUCAUUUAAGACCUGAUCUUAAGAAAGGUGCAUUUACACCAGAGGAGGAGCGACGAAUCAUUGAACUCCAUGCCAAGAUGGGGAACAAAUGGGCACGCAUGGCUGUUGAGUUACCUGGACGUACAGAUAAUGAAAUCAAGAAUUUUUGGAACACAAGAACCAAAAGAAGACAGCGUGCUGGCUUACCGAUUUAUCCUCCUGAUAUAUGCUUGCAAACACUAAAUGAUAAUACGCAAAGCCAGAACAUGGUCACGUUCACAAAUGGGGACACAUCACAUGCUGAAAUCUUGCCGACGAAUAACUUUCAAAUCCCAGCUGUGGAGUUCAAGAAUUUGGAAUUAAGUCACGAGUUGUAUCCGCCAAGCUUUCUUGAUAUACCUGGUGGCAAUUUUCUUGAUAUCCCAGGAGGUAGCCUGCUUCCACAAGGGAUUGGAUCUUCAUGUAAUAAUAGUUUUCUAUUCCCGAUGGCACAUGCUCCCAAACGUAUCAGAAGAUCCGAUACAUAUCCUGUCUGUGACGGUGGAGAUCUUAAUGAUUUUUUCCCAAAUGUCAAUCUUUAUCAAGAUGACAAACUUGCACAAUCAUUUGAGAUUUCCUCUUCAUAUAAUCAAAACCUCAAUGGGGACAUCCCAUCAUCGUCAUCCUGCUUUUUUUCUGGCAGCCAUGCCUUUUUAAAUGGCAACACUUCUUCUUCUGAGCCCAUUUCAUGGGCAACGAAGCUGGAGCUCCCUUCACUCCAAUAUUCUACCCAAAUGGGUAGCUGUGGUGCACCUUCUUCUCCGCUGCCUUCCCUUGAAUCUGUUGACACUUUAAUCCAAUCAACAUUGAUUGGUCAAACAAAGUCAGAUUCUCCGUCACCUAGGAACAGCGGCCUGUUAGAAGCAGUGCUCUACGAAUCACAAACCAUGAAAAUGUCAAAGAGUAACAACAAUUCAAAUGCUUCAGUUGUGCCUCGUGACAUUACUGACAGUUCGUCUCAGAAUUUGCAAGGGGACGAUGACUGGGAAGCCUAUGGCGACCCCAUGUCACCUUUGGGUCAUUCUGCUGCAUCUGUGUUCAGCGAAUAUACUCCUCAUCUUAGUGGAAGCUCUCUCGACGAACAUCAGUCAGUUGAGAUCAUUUCAGUUAAGCAUGAAGCAGAGGAAGCUAUUGCUAAGCAAUCUGACAGAGAGGAUGAGAAGGCGAACCACCUAAACUAUUCCAGGCCGGAUUUUCUUCUGGGCUCUAACUGGUUUGGUUCCACUUCAAAUGCAGACCGUAACAAAGAUCAGUCUGUGGUGAGCGAUCCAAUUGGUGCGCUUCUUGGUGAUGAUUUUUGCAGUGACUCCAAGCAAACGUUUCUAGGACACGAAUCUGGCAAAUGGGAUGACAUAUCUGAAAUCUGCAGAGCAGCCGAAAACCGUUAAAUGCUAAAAAUGACCAGAAAGACUUUGUGCCCAUUUUAAAAGACUAUUAUUUGGUUAAAUGUUGACUGGUUUGAAGAGUCUAGGAUUUGUGACCCAUUCACAGGGUUGGACCUCAGACCCUUUGUUUUCUUUAAGUACCUUGGAUUGGAUCAACUGCACCUUUGUGAUGUUAAAGACAGAUUUGGCUAUGUUUCCACUAAAUAUUGAUGAAUAAUGUGCCACUAGAAGAGUUCUAUAUGGAACUUUGAAGUGAAAACUAGAUAUAUAUCAUCAGUUUU